AUGCCUCCCGCGGGCGCCCUGAGCGCCUUCUUGCGCCCAGCCUCCUGCGCCCCAGCCCCCGCGUCCCAGCACCGCGGAGCUGACUCGGCCGUCGCCGGUCUCCCGCGGACCGCCCGCAGUGGAAGCAGUUUCCAGCUCUGCCCAAAGGCCGUACGGAUGCCCGCGCAGGCCACGAGCGCUCCACCCACCCCGUGGCCCGAGCCGCGGCGGCUCCUCGGGGCAGACGUCACGCGCCCCCCGCCCAGCCCGCGACGACCUCGACCCGCCACCGAGCUGCCCCGAAGCUCCGCGCCAGCCACGCUCUACCCCGGGUUUUCCAGGCUGCUGGAAGCCGCGCCUGCGCCGGGCGCCGCGGCCGGACGUGCGGGCGCUCGGCCGGCGUGCCUCGCCAUUGGCCGGCCGCCGGUAGCCCCACUGCUGUGCACCGCCCCCAUUGGCCAGUACGGCCGUCAGUCAGCGGCGCCCGCCGGCUCGCAGCGCGCCGCGCGUGUCCCGCCCCUCGCCGCCGCUCGUCGCUCGCCGGCCGGCGGCCUCGGCCAGAACCUCGGCCUGGACCGCCCCCCCCGGCCGGGCCAGACCCCGAUCCACGACCCGGGCGCGCCGGCCCACGAGCGGGACGCCGACCGGCCUCUCGUCCCCGUAGCCGCAGGCCCGGGCAGCCGUGCACUCCGGUGCACGUUCAGGUUCCCGAGCACAAACAUCAAGAUCACGUUCACUGCCCUGUCCAGUGAGAAGAGAGAGAAGCAGGAGGCCCCCGAAUCCCCGGUGAAGCCUGUGCAGGCCCACAUCUCUCCCCUGACCAUCAACAUUCCAGAUACCAUGGCCCACCUCAUCAGUCCCCUUCCCUCCCCCACAGGAACCAUCAGUGCUGCAAACUCCUGCCCAUCCAGCCCCCGGGGAGCAGGGUCUUCGGGGUACAAAAUGGGCCGUGUGAUACCAGCUGACCUCAAUUUAAUGGCCGACAACUCACAGCCAGAAAAUGAAAAGGAAGCUUCUGGUGGAGACAGCCCAAAGGAUGAUUCAAAGCCUCCUUAUUCCUAUGCACAAUUAAUCGUACAAGCAAUUACGAUGGCUCCUGAUAAGCAGCUUACUCUAAAUGGAAUUUAUACUCACAUCACUAAAAAUUAUCCAUACUACAGGACAGCGGACAAGGGCUGGCAGAAUUCAAUUCGCCACAAUCUCUCUCUGAAUCGUUAUUUCAUCAAAGUACCACGUUCCCAGGAAGAACCAGGCAAAGGCUCAUUCUGGAGGAUAGAUCCUGCCUCUGAAAGCAAAUUAAUAGAGCAGGCUUUUAGGAAAAGACGGCCUAGGGGCGUGCCUUGCUUUAGAACCCCUCUGGGACCGCUCUCCUCUAGAAGUGCCCCAGCCUCUCCCAAUCACGCUGGAGUGCUCUCUGCUCACUCCAGUGGUGCCCAGACUCCCGAGAGCCUGUCGAGGGAAGGUUCACCAGCCCCCCUGGAGCCUGAGCCCAGCGCCUCACAGCCCAAACUGGCCGUCAUCCAGGAGGCACGGUUUGCCCAGAGUGCACCAGGCUCGCCUCUGUCUAGUCAGCCCGUUUUAAUUGCCGUGCAGCGGCAGCUGCCGCCGACGAUCAAGCCCGUCACCUACACAGUCGCUGCUCCCGUGACCACCUCGACCUCCCAGCAGCCUGUCGUGCAGACGGUGCACGUCGUCCACCAGAUCCCUGCGGUGUCCGUCACCAGCGUGGCCGGCCUGGCCCCGGCGAGCACAUACACUGUCGCCGGCCAGGCCGUGGUCACUCAGGCGGCCGUGCUGGCCCCUCCUAAGGCAGAGCCGCAAGAGAAUGGAGAUCACAAAGAAGUAAAAGUGAAAGUGGAACCUAUUCCUGCGAUUAGCCAUGCCACACUGGGCGCUGCUAGCCGGAUCAUUCAGACGCCACAGACCACCCCAGUCCAGACGGUUACCAUAGUGCAGCAGGCACCUCUGGGUCAGCACCAGCUACCAAUAAAAACUGUAACGCAAAACGGGACUCACGUGGUGCCAAUCCCUGCCGCCGUCCAUGGCCAGGUGAACAAUGCAGUGGCGAGUCCUCUGCACAUGUUGGCAACACAUGCCUCAGCGUCGGCCUCCCUGCCCACAAAGCGCCAGAAUGGCGACCAGACGGAGCAGCCGGAGCUGAAGCGGGUCAAGACGGAAGACGGCGAGAGCAUCGUCAUCGCCCUGAGUGUGGACACGCCGCCGGCAGCCGGCAGGGAGAAGGGUGUCCAAAACUAGCGACUGGGACAGCUUUUCUUACUUUAGUAUCAACUCUGUGGUGCCAAAAGGAGACACUGCCACUCACCGACGCUCGGAGCGCGUUAUCUCGGUGGGUAGAGGGCCCUGCGGUUGGACUUCACCUCAGCACUGAAAACACAAAACCCAGGUGGCCUUAAAACUCCUAAAAGACAGAAGUCACACCUGAACAAAACCACAUGCAACAAAACCUGGUUCCGGCAGUGUCUCCCCACCCCGAGCUCAGCUUGUCACUCCGGAGCGGAGCUGCUGGGACAGGGCGGGGACUGUCCCCGCCGCCCUCCCCAGGACCCUUGGGGCUGGCACUGGUAGAUGAGACAGUAUUUUGUUGUUCACAUGUGGAAUUAGAAUAUUUUGAGGUGUACUUUCUUUACAAAAUAACGGGGUCUUUGACAUUUCCGAUCGCUCCAUUUCUACUCUGGAAAUUUUGGAAUCACACAGGACCUUUCGUGUUGAUUUCAUUUGGGGAAAAGAAACAAUGUAGUUUUGUUUUUGUUGUUUGUUUUCAGCCUAUGGAAUGAUUUCCUUUUGUCUGUCCUGUUAACGUUCAGAUGGAGCUACUUGAUGACAUCUGCAGGUUUUCCGUGUUAGAGCAGGUGCCGGAUGCAUCUAGGACGGACGGACAGACUGGACAGAUGGACGCCCAUGCUGGGCCGCAUGUUAACCAUGACUGAAAAGAACUGCUGGAUUCGCGGAGCUGCACUUAACUGGGUCUCUUUCCUGCUACUUUUUGUUGUUUGUUCCUUUGUGUUGACUUUGUCCCUGGCAUAAUUUUCCACUCUAAGUAAAACAAGCCUCCUAAGUGUUGUGUGUGUUUAAAACGACAGAACUGUUCCUGUUUCAUUUGGAAAAAAGAUUCGGUCUUAUACCACACACCCUUUUCAGACAAGUGUCACAGGUCUCUCCGUGGCAUGUUCACUAGUCACUGUCACCGGUUCUAGGCACAGAGCCGUCGUCCAACCAGCUGUCCACCUGAUGACACUGCGGUUUGCCCGGCUCAUGGGGAGCAGGUGCUGGGGUGGCUCAGAAGCUGCAUGUUAACACAAGGGUCUUGGAAACAUCCAGGUCCUUCUCUGGUUUGUAACAGGAAAUCCCCCUCAGCCUCUCAGAACUGAAGCAGUCCUAAAGCUGACUUCUCUCCUACAAAAAACAAAAGUGAGACGAAAAGAAACAAAGGUGAGACCGUGACAGUAGGGGCCCCACCUGGCCUCAGUCACACUGCCCCAGAAGAAAACCGCUGGCCUUUCCGGAGUGUUCCAGGGGUGAGGGCUUUGGCCUUGUUGUGAACUUUUAAAUGUCAUCAUCAUCAUGUUAUUUAUUUAAAUGUAGUUAUUUUGGUAUUUAAUUUUUUUUAAAGAGAGGAAAAAAAACCCUGUAUUUUCCUGGUGGAAUGAAACGGCUCAGAAUGGUAUAUUUAGGCAAUUUUAAAACAUUUAUUAUUUACCUACAGACCAAAUAUGAUAAAUCUGUUCUAAGUAUUGUGUGUCAACCCACAGUAUGGAGCUGUCACAAUGUUAUUGCAGAUAAUGCAUAUUAAAAAUUAUGAAAUUACUGCACACUAGCUGGAUUUAUAACUCAGCCAUUUAAAAAAUAAAAACAAAACCAUCAUGUGAAUGAUACCACGUGUGUGACAGUAGCAGAAUCUAAGCUGCAAGCUGAAGCAUGGAUGGAUUGGAGCACCUCAGGGCAGCAGUCUGCAUCUUCCAGGCACUUUACAGAUAGAUAGAUACCUUGGAAUGUAUAUUUUUGUCUUUCUACUCAGAAGGUUUGCAAUUUGCAAAAUAACUCGGAUUGCAUUGUGUCUUUCUUAUGUGGGGUCAGGUCGCUCCACUGAGUGGUCCAGACCU